AAUGUCUACUGUCAUUUUUGUGUAUAACAACUGCCUCAAACCAUACAUAUAUUUUGAUUUUCCACAGUCAUUAUCUCAGUUUUCAUUUAGUUUGUGUAGGAAAACUUACCCAGUCUUUCUUGCAGAGUGCUCCAAAUAUACUGGCCUUUCUUAGUAAAUACACACAUUUAAUCAGUUUACGAGAGCGCCGCAAUUGAAAUAAUAGCAUCGAGCCACGUUUGUAUGGUUAUGUUAUAUGGUGUGUUUACAGUGAUCAAAUUCCAGAAAAGCCCGAUUUUUCACGAUGGCUGGAGGUUUUACCGAAUCAGCUUUCAUCAAAAAAUUAAUGGAGCUUAAUAACUCCUCGCAAAGCAUUCAGACUCUAUCUUUGUGGCUUAUUCAUCACAGGAAACAUUAUACCAGUGUAGUGAAGAUAUGGCUGCGAGAACUUGUAAAAGCCAAAGAUACUAAGAAACUAACGUUCAUGUACUUGGCUAAUGAUGUAAUUCAGAACAGUAGAAAGAAGGGUCCUGAAUAUGGAAACGAAUUCGGCACGCAGCUCAAGAAAGCCUUUGAAAAUAUCUCCCAAUGUGAUGAAAAGACGAAAAAUGGAUUGGAUAGAGUAUUGACUAUUUGGCAAGACCGGGAAAUAUACAGUUCAGUCCAAAUCAUGGAAUUUAAGAGAGCUCUAUUGUUGGGAAAGGACGAUCAACCUCCAUCCAAAAAGAUCAAAAUUAGUGAUUCAAAAAAAAAGGACAAGCAAGUGACAGUGGAGGUUGACGGUACAUUAGAAACGCAUGUUCAUUUGAGCCCUCACACACCUCCAGGUGAUCCUCCUGAACCGGAGGAAAUAAUUAAAGCAAUUCAAGAUUUGGAAAUGAAUAUUGCAUCUUCGGACGAAAAGGUUCGGGAAAAAAUUGCAAAUUUACCCAAAGAGCUGUCUGACAUGUCAGUAGUAGCCAAAAUAGAAGAUCGGGAAACCGCCGAAAAAUUGAAUGUACAAGUAACUAAUGCCGUGCUGUUGCUGAGUCAAUAUAAUACAAGACUAUCUAGUGAAAUGGAACAUAGGAAAAAAGUUGCAAUUAUGAUGCGCGAUUUUUUGUUGGCCCAAGACGAGUUAUUAACUCAAGCUGAGAGAAGUUUAGAGGAAUACCAAGAAACGUUAUCCAAAAUAUACACAGUGAGACAAGAAUUGCAGUCACAUGUUCAAAAUUUACCAGAUCUUACACAGCUGCCUAAUGUGACUCAUGGAUUAGCCCCUCUUCCGUCGGCAGAGAACCUGUUUAUGCAGUAAAACAAGUAUGUUGUAAGUUGAAGAAUAGGUUCAAACGUGAGUUUUUUCCGUUAUAAUUUAAAGUCUGUAUGGGAAAAUCACGAAUAUCAAACCUAAAACUUGAUGUUUCUACAUAUGCACCUAUAAGUAUAAACACUCAAAGUUGUAUAAGAUUUCAUUUCAUAAAUGAUAUUUCCGAUACAAAAAAGCUGAACCUAUUAAAGUAAAACAUGUUUUUAGUUAUUUUGUACCUUUCAUUACUUAAAUAAUAAUUCCAAUCUAGUGUACAUAAUAUGCCAUUAAAAACCGUGUGAGAGGUACAUAUUUUUCAAUUGUAUCACUUUUACUGGAAGGCGAUUUAUCAAAUUAAGAUAAACGUUUUUAGGAGUGAAUAUAUGCUGUUGUGAAUAAGUGCUUGUUAUGUAUCGCCAUUAACGAUUUGCAGGAACAGUCAUUGUAAAAAUAACUUUAAUCAGUUCCCUACUUACGCCUAAAUAUGACUUUAAACGUUUUAAAAUAAAUAAAGCACUCGCCAUUAAAGCAAUAUGUCUAAGACUUUAUUGGCUAACAUUGAUAUGAAGCGUUUGAACCUAUUUCGAAUGUUUGAUUUGAUUAUUUGGUUCGAUAAUUAUGUUUCACAAAAAUGUAUUAUUGGUGCAGUUUGUCCUAAGUUUCUUGUUGCUAGUUAAAAAAAUAUACUUUGAGUAUAACCGUUUAAAAUGUACAUUAACGUGGUAUCUCUGUAUCCAAUUGCCUCAUAAUGACUGGUGAUGGAUAUGUUUAUUGAUAAACGAAAUUUUUUUUAUAUGUUACAAAGAAAAAUAAAUUUCACUCAUAUUUUACCUCCCCAGACAAGGCAAUAUUUGUACAUUUCUUUUGCAUUGUUUGACUCAGCUCUACUACAUAUUUAAAUCAUAAUUAAUGAGAUCCAGUUUUGCUUUGCUAGGACAUUUAAUAAUCUAUCGAUUAAGGGGUAAAAUAACACAGAAAUUAUCGUAAACGUAUCUAAGUAGAAAGAGUAAUUCCUCACGUUUGCUUCACAAUAGUCAGUGCGUAUAGUUUUGUGUGUCCACGAUUUGGAUUUGAACAUCAGAGUGCUAUCAAGUCCAACAUUUGAUAUACCGAAUCCAAAUUACAUAAAAUAUUUGACUAAAUUGAUGUGAUUAUUGAAUAUGUGCUAAUAGUUUGCACCAGAUAUGUUAUAUCUAAGUAUAUUUUAACGAAAUCAGUUUGAAAUGCGUAUAACUAAUAUUAAGAGUGUCCUUUGAAUUUAGACUGAAAGGGAAUGCAUAAUUUUAUUGGAGCACUAUAUUCGAUUAUGACUUAUUUGAAAAUCUGUUGGUUCUAAUAAAACUGUUACUGGUGAA